UCUGUCUGCUCAGUCAUCAGCCGGAGAGGAAGGAGGAUGAGGAAGUGGUGGCUGGCUGGUGCACGACUGGACAUAGAUGUAGCUGCUACACCAGCAGCUGUUAGGACAGGAAGGUUGCUAGCUGGGCAGCUAGAUAAUAGGAAUAUUUGACAAUGCGAUGGGUAACUGCUGGGCAUACUGUGUCGGGCUCUUCAGGAGAGAAACCAACAGGAUCCAGAGAGGAGGCGGGUCAAAAUACUUCAGAAGCAGUACCACAGGGGAACAUUAUACAAUAGAGUUUGAAAAUCUGGUAGAGAGUGAUGAGGCUGAGAGUCCGCAGCCCUGCCCGAGGCCCAUCAGUGAAGACGAGAUCAAGCACCUCAAAGCACAACGCUACACUGCCAUCUCAGACGAGCAGAUGCUGAUCGACCAGCAGCUACAAGUGGAGUUAGAGGCACAAGAGGAGAAGUUAAGGCUAGAAGAGGAGGCUAGAAAUGCCGCCCAGCGUGAGGCCGCCAGGUUGGCACGUGAACGCAAAAUGAAGGAGUUGUCUGCCCAGAGGAAACGAGGCAAAGCAGAUGGCUCGGGUGGUGAAACUCUGCAAAGAAAACAAACCACUGGGGAGGAUUUUGACGUCUACCUCCAGAAUGUCAAAGCCCAGUCGGAGGCUUUCAGGAGCAGCAGGCUGCCCUCUGACACAAAUGUGGUGACUCCCAAUACAGAGUGCAGCUUAGACUUCACCACCAAGACCCGCUCCACCAACGAUGACGGGACGUCACUGGACCUAGAGUGGGAAGACGAGGAGGGAAUCAAUCGUGCACUUCCAGCCUGGGAGAGGUCUCGGACAGAGGAGGACAUCCUGCGUGCAGCCCUGAGGCCCGGCAGCAAGCUGAUGAACAGCGGCCCGACCUCGGCCUCCGAGGACUCGAACGCACUGGAGUGGGAGAAUGAUUUUGUGAGUACUCAUCCAGAGGACAGUGCAGACACUGAAUUUGAAGGGUUUGUCAAUCCUGUCCUAGACACCCCCUCUGAGGAUGCCUCAGACUACGGCCUCAGGUUGGACAGCCAGGACAGAUAGUGUCCAGCACCAAAGGAGACGUUUGUUGUGUCCUUCUCAUGUCAAAGCUCACCAGCUUUUUGCCUCAUGAACCAGAAUUGUACUCACUCUUCAUAUUCUGUAAUAUGAGACUCUGAUGCUGUGGGAAAUGUGUUCUGUAUCACUACACUAUACUGCAGUGUAGUGACAUUUUCAUCAAAUAGUCAUUUUUCAGUGCCUUCAUUUGCCAGAAUGGCCAUUUUAAGCAUUUUAGCUUAAACUGAUAAGUUUCUCUCAAUUUCCAUUCGACAAGUUGUUCAAAAGGAGCUUUUUUUCAAUGCACAGUGCCCAGUUAUCAAACAGAAGCCGCAAAGCUACUCUGAAGAUAGACUUGGGUAUUGUAAAAGAAAAUGGCUGCUUUAGGAGCUGUGUAAUUAUUCUCACUGAUGGAAAUGGACAUAAUUCACUGGCUGUGGGGAUGGGGAGAAACUUGUACUUUUGAAAUCCCAGUGGGGAAAUUUGUCCUCCGCGUUCGAUCUUAUCCAACUGUUUAGCAGCAGACGACAGCCACACUGCAAUGUCCGGGGACCGCAUGCACUUCUGAGGCCAGAGCCUUGAUCAGUGGCCAUACCGAGAGCGUUCCUGUAUGUGUUCUCUGACACAAGCACAGGAGAUGCAUCCAGACUACAGAAAAAAUCCCUACUCGACCGUCCCUCAUUAGUCUUAGCUCUGCCCUUCAGUUUUAUAAAGUUAGUGCAUGAACCGAGUUCCACGUAAAGGUUGUGAUGAAAACAUUUAAAACAUUAGAGUGAUUUGAUGACUCAGUAUAAUAAUACAGCCACUGAUUCCAUAUUUGAUCCGGGGUGGGGACAGGAUAUCAUCUAGUCUACAAUAAGCGUCUUUACUACUGGGAUGCACACAUGCCACUCGUUUCGUGAUGCUGCAUGUACUGUGACAAGAAAGCUGUGGUCUUUGUUUGGUUUUUUUGUUUUUUGUUUCUUUUGCAAAAGGAAGACCUAAUAUGAUGCAGACUAAUAUUACAAAUAUGGGACUGCAUGUAACUGUAAACUUUUCUCAUAUUUUAAUAUCUCAACAAAUGGGAUACCUAAGAUGACAUUCAUUUAAGCCCAUUUAAGCCCUCAAAACAGCUUUCAGACCUGAUUACGUGUGUCCACCUCUCUGAGCUUGUGUUCAGAAAAACAAAAAUAAAGAAGCCCACGCAUGAAACUACUUCCCUCGUCCUUUUGCAAUAAUAUGUUGCUGAAUAUUAUGUCUAUCUCCACCAGCGAACAUCUGAAAAUAAGAGACCUUUUAUAAAACAACAUAAUCAAGCACAUCCAAUGACUGCUCCUCACAGGUCCUUAUUCUAAACUGACCUUACUAUCAUAGGUUGCCAACUUCUAAAUGUCUUGUCAUUUUCUCCCUGUUGGUUCUCUGGUUCUUUGAAAGCACGAGUGUGUCGUUUAUACCUGGAUGUGGCGCCAUGCAGCCUUGCUUCCCACUUUGCCCAGACGCCACUCACUCAAAAAGAUUUUUCCCAUAGACCAAGAUUUUAUAAAAGAGAUGUCUGUAAAACUGUUGACCAUCCACCUCAAAGUGCAAACACAUGGCAAUUAUGACUUUGUAUAUUAUGAAUUUUUGGUUCAGGUUGAGGUGUUAUAUUUAGAAAAGUUUAAAACUUUAAGUUUCACAGGACUGCGUACCCAGGAAGCAGAACAGGAAAACUAAAACUUUGUGCCCGCAAGCUAGACAACAUUUUUGGCGUAUGUGCCAGGCUUGCAGUUCUCAUUGGAGUGAACAGGUGCCAUCUUUGUGUGUGGGAUCUGGUUCUGUUUAUGCAUCUCGAAUUUAAAGUACUGGAACUACAUGGAAAUAGAAGCUGCAGUCAGCAAUAAUUUAUUGGCACUAAUUCUGGCUGUUGUUCCACAUCUAAGUGCAUGUUAUACGUGCAGUUAGAGUAAAGCAAAAUUAUUAAGAUGUUGAUCUAAAUAAACGAAAAAAACACUUAAAAAUGCAGGGCAGUGAUUAUAGAUUAUAUAUAGAUAUAUAGUUGGACAACAGGGGGAAACAGUCUUCAGUAAAUCAAAAAUCGUUUCAUUCAGCAGCUUCAGAAAAGCCAUUGCUGAUUUCUGAUUGGUUGCAGGCGUUUAGUGUUUGGCAUAAAUUCAGGAGACAAAUCGUUGUGAAAUGUAACAACAUCCCGUAUGAAAUUCAAACUUAUUAUUGUGGACUAAAAACAUUCAGAAAUUAGAAUUUGACUGUUGAUCACUGCUGAUAUUGAAAGCAAUAUUUUUGGGGGGUGUUAAAUUUUGUCAUGCUCUUGUAAUUUACCCAGUGAUGCUGUACACAUUAUUAUGUUUAUGUAUUUUUAUAUCCAUCACACGCAGUGGAAAUAAUAGUGUUUCACAUUUGUUACUGAAUCUGUCUGAAUCAAAACUAGCUGAUUGCACUCCAGUGUGUGGACUUUAAUUUGGUGUUAAUGGCUGGAAUAGAAGAAGACAUUCACUGAAAUGAUUCACUUGUGUGAACUGAUCUGAAAACUGUGCACUAGUGUAGAGGUGUGUAGAUGAGAGACGGGUUGAUUUCUGUAAUUUAUUGUUUUGACCACAUUUGAAGAUAAUGUUUUGCUGUGAUUACACGAUUUCUGAUUAAUCGCCGUAACUUUCUGUAAACAAAAUUAAACAAAAAAAAACAUAACUGUAACUUAACAUUCCUUGUCACACCUGAGAGGCUAAGGAAAAAAAAAAAGAAUAAAAUGCAGAAAAAAUGUAAUGGACAUCACAUGCACACUCACUGUAA